AUGGGAAUAAUUGCCAAGUUGUCGGUGCAGGUGGAAAAGUUCAUGAAGCCUUUCUCCAAAUGGCAGGAGGAGCUGGUCUGCUAUGCAGACAGUUCCAGUUCCAGCAAUAGUUCUGGUUUUGGUUCUGGUUCAGUUUCCAGUUCCAGUUCUAGUAAUAGUUCCAGUUCCAGUAAUAAUUCUAGUUCCAGUUCUACUAAUAGUUCUAGUUCCAGUUCCAAUUCUAGUAAUGGUUCUAGUUUCAGUUCCAACUCUGGUUCUAAUAAUAGUUCUAGUUCUAGUUCCAGUAAUAGUUCUAGUUCCAGUAAUAGUUCUAGUUCCAGUUCCAAUUCUAGUAAUGGUUCUAGUUUCAGUUCCAACUCUGGUUCUAAUAAUAGUUAUAGUUCUAGUUCCAGUAAUAGUUCUAGUUCCAGUAAUAGUUCUAGUUCCAGUUCCAGUUCCAGUUCUAGUAAUGGUUCUACUUCUAGUUCCAGUUCCAAUUAUAGUAAAGGUUCUAGUUCCAAUUCCGACUCUGGUUCUAAUAAUAGUUUUAGUUCCAGUAAUAAUUUUAGUUCUAGUUCCAGUUCCAGUAAUAGUCCUAGUUCCAGAUCUAGUUCUAGUUCCAGUUCCAAUUCUACUAAUGGUUCUAGUUUCAGUUCCGACUCUGUUUCUAAUAAUAGUUCUAGUUCCAGUUUCAGUUCCAGUAAUAAUUUUAGUUCUAGUUCCAGUUCCAGUAAUAGUCCUAGUUCCAGAUCUAGUUCUAGUUCUAGUUCCAGUUCCAGUUCCAGUUCCAGUUCCAAUUCUAGUAAUGGUUCUAGUUUCAGUUCCGACUCUGUUUCUAAUAAUAGUUCUAGUUCCAGUUCCAGUUCUAGAAAUAGUUCUAGUUCUAGUUUACUUCCAGUUCCAUUCCAGUAA